GAGCCUACCACAGCCAUGUAGACACACACCCACUCAUCUGAGUUCUCCAAGUGACAGAUUUAGACUUCAUUUGAGACAGGAAGUAAGACUGACAGAAGUUGCUUAUAGGCCAUUCAAAACAAGUGCCGCAGCAAUGCAUCUUAGCAAGCAAACAGGUUAAAAGCAAAAACCAAAGACAAAAAGUGAGAUAUAUCGAAAGAAAGUCCAGCUGACGAACUAUGGAGGAGGACAUCAGGAGAAAUGGGAAGCUUUACCUCCACCAGAAGCGCUUCGGAAAGAGGUGGAGGAAGGUGUGGUGCGUGUUGGUGGCGGAGGGCAGGCGCAGUGUGGCGCGGCUGGAGCUCUACGAGAACAAACACAUGUCUGUUAAAGAAGGAUCCAGCAGACGUAAACCCGACUACAAACAGGUGAUCAGGCUGAGAGAAUGUAUCAGGAUAUCAGAAAACGAGAUGGACGACUGCCCCAAAGACUGUGCCACUUUCUUUCUGGAAACCACAGACAAACUGUACGUGUUUGCAGCCCACCAAUCAGAAGCAGAGGAGUGGAUCAAGUGCCUCUGCGAGCAGGCGUUCCCCGACACACAGAUUGAGCUAGGAAUUCAAAGAAAGAGUGGAAACCUCUCUGAACCUGUUAGCGGUUGCGUAGAAAUGCAGGAAAACUCCCUCUAUGACACAGCAGACAGUGUUCGAGAGUUUGUGGUCAUAGCAGUGAGUACAGAGGCUGCUGUACGUUGCAAUCUUUAUGGAGAAUAUAUUCUGACAGCCCAGCCUCUCUGUUUACUUCUGAAGGACUCCAACACAAGGAAAGUGCUCCUUAAAUGGCCGUACUGCUACGUCAGAAAGUUUGGUCGAGACACGCUGUCUUUCAAUUUUGAGGCGGGCCGCAGAUGCGAGUCCGGUGAGGGGAAUUUUGAGUUUGCGACCCAUAGGGGUGAACAGAUAUUUUGCAUUGUCAGCGAAGCCAUCCAGCAUCUCCCCAAAACCCCAGCAGUAAAACAGAUCGGCAGCACCCAUGAGGUUCAAAGCAGAGAAAUCAGUGAUGACAUCAAUCCAUCAGAUCGUUUUUGUGCUUCACAGCGACCGGUUCAGCAUCCAUCGAAAAUGCUCAGCGCUUCCACAAGGAGCAUGUCUUUGAAUGCGAUACAAUCUUUGUGUCAAGUGACAAGUAUCAAAACCAACAGCGAGACGGAGGAACCGGUAUACGCCAUAGUGUCAAAAGCUCAGCCAAAAGCCACAGACCCUCACGCGCACUGGCAAAACCUGAGAAAAGCUGUCCAUCAGUUUGAACCUCCUCAAGACUCUUGUACGUCCGACACCGAUUUUUCGCAGUCUGCUUUCGUGGCUUCCCGGGAAGAUGAAGAAAAUGAUGAAACUGUGACCGGACAAGAUUCCACUGACUUGCUGAGUGAUUCUAUCCACCAAUUAGCAAUUAACGAUGCAUUAAAGAACAUCGGCGCAGAAGUAAUUUACGAAGAUCCACAGGACCUCGAGCCCAUAGCUGAGAACGACGUCGAUGCUGUUUACGAUAAUCCAGAGGAGGUCAUCAAGAGUAAUCAAAGCAUUCAAGAUGGGGCGGAACGCUUAGCCGAGUGUGAUUUCUUCUCUAUCCCUGACACACGACACUCGACACACGUCAUGGCUGCCCGAUCCAGCCCUUGCCAAACUUUAGAUGACAUAUCCUCAGAAUAUGACAAUUUGCUGUUAAAGGGAAGGCGAAUGUAAAACGAAAUGAUAUUAUCUUUGAAAUCAUAAAAAUAUGGGCGACAUUCACUAAGAAUGAAUUGUGCCUGCAUCGAUAAUAUAGUUUUCUUGCACAAGAUAUUUAACUCAAAGAAUCAAAGUAAACAAAUCCAGUCAUGACACAAAAAUGCAGUUUGCAAAGUGCAAUUCACCAAGCAGUCUCUCCAUGUAGCAUAUGGCACACUGUGGAAGUGCGCUUGGUUACAGCAUGCAUAUGAAUUAAUUAUCAUUUGAAGGAAUAGUUCACCAAAUUAUAAAAACUGUCAUGUCAUCCAAGAUGUACGCAAAAAAUGUUAAUAUAAACUAGAUGCGCCAUUAAUACAGUAUUACUAUAAAUCGAGAGUAAAUGCAACCCUAGAUUUGACCGCUCUCAAAGGAAGGAUAUCGAAUGCACAGCAUGUCGCUUGUUAGUUUGCUCAAACUAUGAUGCACGUAAGUGUACAUGGCAUAAUAAAAAGGAACUAUGCUUCAAACCACAGCUCAAGACUCGUAGUUCCAACCACGCAAUGCUGCUUGCUAUUAAUCGUUGGAACGAUUGUUUCGGGAAACACUUGAAUCGUUGAAAUAUGCUGGAACGAGGGAACUUGCGACCAUACUUGUCUAACAAUGGUUUUGGGAAACGCACCCCAGACCAUGGGGUGAUGACAUGUUGAUAAAAACAUAUUCAAUUGUAUUCAGCUGAAGAAACCGAGUCAUGUACAUCUGAAAAGUCAGUAAUUAAAAAAAAGACAUAUUUGGGUGAACUAUUCCUUUAAAGAACUACUGCAGUCAUGAUCACAAAAAAAAGAGUUUUGUUAAUAAGUUUCAAGCUAUAACCCAUCUAACCAAAUAAAUGCACAACGUACACACAUGCGGCUGGGGAAUAAGUGGCACCCGAAAGUGGCACUGUUUAGGGAAUUCACCCAUGUGCCAUAUUUUCUUCGGAAAGAAAAAAACCCAAAAGAAGCACUCCCGAACUCAUCUUUUAUGGCUUUUACUUCAAUGCCUCUUCCAGGAACUCUUUGAUUGCUAGCUAGAGAAAUGUUGAAGAAAUCUGCUCGCCUGUAAUGGAAGGGUAAUAAUUACUAUCGGUGGUAGAUGCAUUGGCAGUGGAAUGAACUGGAGGGGCUCUUUCCUGUGUAGACUGAUUUAAUUAACAGUGCCGGGGGACCCACGGCUUGAAACUUGAUUGGGAUCCCGACCUGCCUGAGAAUGAAGAUGUCACAGCAGCCCAUUCAUCUGCUGUCUGUCACUCUUUCUGCAGAGAUGGACGCCUGCUGUAGCAGACAAAAUGAUGGUGAAGUGUGCGGGGACUUAAUGUAGUUUAUACUCUACUAAAAAUGUGUGUUGCUUAAUCUGAUGAUGAUUAAUAAAGAUAAUUGUAAAUGAUGUGGUUAAAAUAAAAUAAGAUUCUUUCACAUG